UGUUUCGCAUGUACCGCAGAAACAGACGGGACAACCUCGGUCAUCGACAAAAGCCCCGCAGUCCCGCUGGAGUCUCCCAUGGGAGGCAACGUCAAUCGAAGAAAGGAACCCCCCAUGGCUUCGGUGGCGCCUUCGGAACCCUUGGUGAAGGUAGCCGAGCUCCCCGGCCGUGGGCGGGCUCUCGUCACCGCGCGCCCCAUCAAGCCCGGCGACGUCCUCCUCUCCGACUCCUCCCUCCUCCUUUAUCCCGCCACCCUCCCUUCCUCCGCCGCCUUCCCCUUCUGCUCCCACUGCUUCCGCUCCCUCCGCUCCACCGCCACCUCCUCCACCGCCUUCGCCGGAGGCGGCCCCCUUCCGUGCCCAUCCUGCGCCUCGCUCUCGCUCUUCUGCUCCCCCCGCUGCCUCUCCCUCGCCAUGACUUCCUCCCACCCUUCCUGGCUCUGCCACUCCCUCCUCCGCCUCCCCUCCCUCCCCGCCGACCUCCACGCCCCCGCUCUCUUCCUCCUCGCCGCCUACAAUCUCGCUGCCUUCUCCCCGUCCGACUUUCUUCGGCUUCUCUCCCUCGAGGGCGCCCUCCCCGCCGCCCCCGAGGCCGCCGCCCUCCAUUCCUUCGUCGCCUCCCUCCUUCCCCAGCCCUUCCCCUCAGGCUUCUCGCCGGAGCUCACCGCCGCGCUCCUCACAAAGGAUAAAAGGAACGCCUUUGGCCUGAUGGAGCCGUUCCGGGAGGAGGACGCCGGCGAUAGGAGAGUGAGGGCUUAUGGGAUCUACCCUAAUGCCUCCUUCUUCAACCAUGACUGCCUUCCGAAUGCUUGCAGAUUCGAUUAUGUCGAUGGGGAUGGGGAUCGGAACACUGACAUUGUGGUGAGAGCUAUCCAUGACAUCCCAGAAGGGAGGGAGGUGUGCUUGAGUUAUUUCCCUGUUAAUUGGAGCUACGCUGAGAGGCAGAGGAGGCUGGUGGAGGACUAUGGGUUCCAGUGCGAGUGCGAUAGGUGUCAGGUGGAGAAGAAUUGGAAGGGUGAUGAGGAGGUGGAGAGCAUGGAGGAGGAGGAGGAGGAGGAGGAGGAGGGAGGUGAAGGGAUGGAGACUUUGGAGGAAGAGAAUAAUGAGGGAGGAGAUGGAGAUGGGGAUUUUCCUCAUGCCUAUUUCUUUGUGAGGUAUCUGUGUGAUAGGGAGAACUGUGGAGGGACAUUGGCCCCUCUGCCACCAUCACCUCAUGGUACACUGUCGAAUGUAAUGGAGUGCAAUGUCUGUGGCCAGUUGAGGGCAGAAGACAGCAUUGAUGAACAUGUUGCUGAAGAUGGUGAUGGCAUUAUGAACGAUGAAUGAACUUGAUUGCCAGUUUUUGCAGGGCAAGCUUCAAAAAGCUGCAGGAGGUAGAAUAGCUGUUCUUUUAGAUCUACCAUUUGAGAUUCGAGUAGGAGCACUGUUAGUAGGGGUUGGGGAGACUCGGGGCAGAGUUCAAAUUCCAGUCGUGUGACAGCAAGCAUUUAGGAUUUUGGAAGACUCAGAUGCAAAGCUUCUUCUGGUUUGGUGCAUAUAUUGCUGUACUAAAGGCACUGUGCUUGUUCACAAUUGAGAUGAGGUUGCCAUGGCACCUUCUUUGGAAGUUUCUCACAACGUUUUGGGAGAAACAUGUGUUCUUCUCUUCCUGAUAUGCUAAGCUAAUUGGUUUUGGUAGGUCCCCAGCAGCACUGUUCUCUCUCUCACACAUUUGCAUGUCUCUUUAUUUUUUUUGAUGCUAUAGAAAAGCACCCUGAGGCUGCGUUUGGUUCGGCAAUAAGAAAAAUGGGAAUAGUAAA